AGCAAAAGUUGCGGCGUCCAGAGUAUCGUCUUUAGUCGCGUCGCGAUUUCACCUCCGUCCGGGAUCUCUGCCUUAAAUUUAGACACAGCCGCUCGGUUUCGCGUAAAGCGGGAUGGAUUUAUAACUUUUUUUUUUAAUAAAAAUAUAUUCUGUCACUGGUGGGUGUUAACCAAAUAUCUGGACAUGGAAAUCGAGCUUGGAAUGCUUCUAAAGCUACUGUUAUGCUGUUGCGUGGCCCUUUCGACGGCUUACGAUGAGGAGAUGAUCGCGAAGGGUGAAUUGAGGAAGGCGUGCUCGAAACGGGGAAAUCCUCUUCCGCCGCCUGCACGUGUCAAUACAACUAUGAGAUUGAUCGCAAUAAGACAGCUGAUGAGCUCCGAGGUGCAACUGGGUACCCAUCCAGUGGACGCUUACAUUGUCACCUCUAGCGACGAACACCAGAGUGUCGAAACCGACGAAUAUGACCGAAGAAGAGAGUACAUUUCUGGAUUUAGUGGAAGCUAUGGAGAUGCCAUCAUCACCAUGAACAAGGCCGUUCUUUGGACUGAUGGCCGCUACCAUCUUCAAGCUGAUGAGCAGAUCGAUUGCAACUGGCUGCUGAUGAGAGAGGGACGCAAAAACAUUCCCACUAGGGCGCAGUGGCUGAAGGCCGAGUUCCCCAAUGGGGCCAGAUUGGGGGCCAAUCCGAAGAUAAUAUCCGAAUACAUGUGGAAGCAGGUCAAGCACGAACUAGCUGGGGCGAAGAUUCAUCUCAUAGCGCUGAAUGUGAGCUUGGUGGAUGAAAUCUGGCCGAAGAGCGAGCGGCCGAAGAAACGAACUAAGGAUGCGUUUGUUCUGGAUUUUAAGUAUACAGGUAAAAACUACACUGCCAAGCUGGAAGAGGUGCGGAACGAGGUGAAGAAAGCCGGAGCCAACGCCAUGGUGGUCACGUCUCUGGAUGAAAUCGCGUGGCUGUUGAAUAUCAGGGGCAGGGACAUUCCAUUUUCGCCUUUCUUGCGAAGUUACCUCAUUUUGGACAUGGACAAUGUGUUUCUCUAUGUCAAUUCCAAGCAGCUGGAGAAGAACGAUGUGCUUAGUUACUUGCAUGCUCAGUCCGUUUUUAAACAUUACGACACCGUGCAAAUAAGAAACUACUCAGACCUCUGGAUCGAUUUGCGAACAAAAUCGCAACUCUACAACAAAAUCCUGCUUCCGUCGCAUUGUGUCUACAGCGAGGGUGCCAGCCACGCUAUUUAUGAGCACAUUAUUCCAGAAAAACGUCUACCACAUCAAUCACCGAUAAUUUAUCUAAAAUCGGUGAAAAAUGCGGUGGAAAUCGAGGGCAUGAAAAGAGCUCAUGUUAAGGACGGCGCCGCAAUGUGCGACUUUUUCGCAUACAUUGAAGCACAGAUGGUGAAAGGCAAAGUCUUCACGGAAAUGGACAUGGCUAAUAUUCUGGACGAUUUCCGGUUUGAGCAACUGGAAAGUCUGGGCAACAGUUUCAGGACUAUAGUGGGAUUUGCUGGGAACGGAGCCCAACCGCACUACAUUCCAACUAAGAACACCAACGCCAUUGUCUUUCAUAAUGGCACAGUCGUGAUAGAAUCCGGAGGACAAUACUAUGAGGGAACAACCAGCGUGACCAGGACGAUUCACUAUGGAGAACCGGACGAGAUGAUGAAAGAGGCCUACACGAGGGUGCUGGUGGGGCAAAUCAGCUUUUCCGUGCUGACUUUUCCUAAUAACAUGAAAAUCGCCGAUGCGGAUAUUCUAGCGCGGGGCCCCCUGUGGGAGGUCGGGCUGGAUUAUUUGCAUGAAACUGGACAUGGAGUUGGCUCAUUUCUGGGAGUACGGGAAUCCCCCAUCGCCAUUCAGUAUGAUCUAGAAGUGGCCACCAAACAGACUUUCCAGCCCGGAUACUACUUUACCAUCGAGCCUGGAUACUACCGUGAAGGGUACUUCGGGGUGCGUCUCCAGAACAUCUUCCAGGUGGUGGAAAAGCCCUGGCUGCAGCACACUUCCGGCCACAAAUACCUGGGAUUCAAGACGCUGACUCUGGUCCCGUAUCAGCAGAAGCUGAUGACUAUGCAUCUGCUGUCCACACAUCAGAGAAAAUGGCUCAAUCGUUACAACGAGGAAAUCCGACAGGAAGUGGGCGCGGAACUAAAACGCCAAGGAAAAAUGGACGGCUUCUACUGGAUGAUGGAAAACACAAAAUACAUUCCGGAAAACUCCGCAACGAAACUUUCUUCAGGCAUUUGCCUGGCGCUAAUAGUUGCCGCUUUGGGUUUAGCAGUUUAGUCUAGAAAUGUGUGCUGGUAGCGCUAAUUAAAAAAUACUUUAUUUAA